AUGACGCGGCGGCGGCGGCGGCGGCGGCGGCGGCGGGAGUCGGGCGUCGCGCUCUCCCCGGGGUGAGGGGUUCUGGUCUGCGGGCGGACUCGCGGGCCCGGCCUCGCAUUCCGUCCUGGGCGGCGCCUCUCCAGGCCAUCCCCUUGCCGGGGCCCCGAGAAGGAGUGCAGUGCCGGGGGCGAGGGCCCGGCGUGAGGAGGGGGCAUGGCCAGCGUCCCGCAGCUGUUGGACGACCUGUGCGAGGCCCUGCUGCCGGCCGCGAAGGUGCACCUGGGCCAGCGCCGCGGGAGCCGGAAGAGGGCAAAGCAGAGCCUCAAGAGGGUGGCCUACAACGCGCUGUUCACCAGCCUCUUUCAAGAUGAGACUCGCAGGCUGCAGCCUGACUUCUCAAGACUCCCUGUGAAAAACAAGAUCCUCAUGCUGUCCUUUGACUUGCGAGUGGGCGGCCUGGGCGCCGAGGCCGACCGUCUGGAGGAGCUGGUGGAGGGACUGGAGGCGGCGCCCGGCCGGCCCCUGGCGGAGAUGGGCUCGGUUCUGGACCUCCUGGUGCAGCUGUCGGGCAGCGGCCCCCCGCGAGCUCCACGGCGCGGGCGGGACUACUUCCUUCCCCGCGGGCCGGUCGGGAGGAGAGUUCCCUACGGCGGCUACGACUGCGGCGAUCUGCGCGCGUUUGAGGCGGACGUGGGCGCUCUCAUCUCCGGGGAGGAGAGUCUGUGUCAAGACCUGAUCCGGAGGACGCUUCAGGUGAUGGAGGCGGCGCCGGGCACCGGGCUACCCUUCUCGUACGGCGACCCGAGCGGUGACAGGUUUGAGAGGGACACCCGCUUCUCUCUCUUCGGAGCCCUUGUGCACAGCCGCACAAACGACAUGGACGUCCGGCUGGACCUGCCCCCGGUACCGGACAGCGCCGACCUCGCGGGACUGGCCAUCAAGGUCCCUCCGAGUGUGGAUCCGUCGGAAGAUGAAGGGUUCCAGUCAGCAUCCAAUCUGACUCCUGAUUCCCAGUCCGAGCCGAGCAUGACCCCAGACAUUGACCUGUGGGACGCUGUGCUCACCUACGAGGCCAGCAAGCGGAGGUGCUGGGAGCAAGUUGGAUGCACCCCCGGCCACAGAGAGGAGCCCUACCUCACAGAGGCGGGCAGGGACGCCUUCGACAGGUCCUGCAGGCUCCGCCAUGGGGAGCUGCAGGUGGUGGGCGGGGGCCUUCUGCAGGCCCCGCAGCCCAUCCUGGUGAGGGAGUGCGAGCUGGUGAAGGAUGCCCUGAACGUCCUGAUUGGGGUUGUGUCCACCACGUUUUCCCUGUGCCAGCCGGCUCAGGCCUUCACGGUGAAGCAGGGCGUCCACGUGUCAGGAGCGUCCCCCGAGAGCAUGAGCAGCCUCCUCUCAGAGGUGGCCGAAUGCGGGACCCACUAUGCGCGCCUGAGCCACUUCUCCCUGCAGCCUGUGCUGGACUCCUCAUGCAGCAGGGGCCUCGUGUUCCAGGCCUUCACCAGUGGCCUGAGGAGGUACCUGCAGUACUACCGGGCCUGCGUCCUCUCCACGCCACCCACCCUGAGCCUCCUCACCAUUGGCUUCCUCUUCAAGAAGCUGGGCCGGCAGCUCAGGUACCUGGCUGAGCUCUGUGGUGUCGGCACUGGCACUGCACUCCCGGGCGCUGGUGGAGGGGAGCCCAGGGCUGCGGCUGCCUUCCCCACCGGGGUGAAGCUGCUCUCCUACCUCUACCAGGAGGCCCUGGACAACUGCAGCAACGAACACUACCCGGUGCUGCUGUCUCUACUGAAGACCAGCUGCGAGCCCUACACGCGGUUCAUUCACGACUGGGUGUACAGUGGGGUCUUCAGAGACAUUUAUGGCGAGUUCAUGAUCCAGGUGAACCAGGAGUACUUGGGCUUCAGAGACAAGUUUUACUGGACCCAUGGCUACGUGCUCAUUUCCAAAGAGGUGGAGGACUGCGUGCCUGUGUUCUUGAAACACGUUGCUCAUGACGUGUAUGUCUGCGGAAAGACCAUCAACCUGCUGAAGCUCUGCUGCCCCCGGCAUUACCUCUGCUGCUCUGAUGUUCCUGUCCCUCGCAUCUCGGUGAUUUUCUCCCUGGAGGAGCUGAAGGACAUAGAGAAGGACUGUGCCAUCUACGUGGGACGGAUGGAGAGGGUGGCGCGCCACAGCUCCAUCAGCAAGGAGGAGAAGGAAUUACGAAUGGAAAUUGCAAAACAAGAAUUAAUCAUCCAUGCCCGGGAAGCGGCGUCCAGGGUCCUGAGUGAGCUCAGUGAUCGGCAGAUGUCUGUGCGGAUGGCCUUGGAUGCCCGGAAGCGAGAGCAGUUUCAGAGGCUGAAGGAGCAGUUCGAGAAGGACCAGGAGGCUGCCGGUGGGGGUGUUGUGCAGCGACGCCGGGUGGCCAGGCAAGAGGAGCUGGAUGAUGACUUCAGCUACGCUCGCGAGCUCCGGGACCGGGAGAAGAGGCUGAAAGCCCUGGAGGAGCAGCUGGAGAGGAAGGCGAGGCAGGCGCUGGUGGACCAUUACAGCCAGCUGUCUGCGGAGGCCGCUCGCCGGGAGCAGAGGGCACUGUGGAAGGUCCAGAGGCGAAGACUGGCCAGCGCUCGGCUUCGCUUUCUCUUGGACGAUCAGAAACAGAUUCAGGAGAUGCUGAAAGACGUGUCUGAGGAGAAGCCCUUGGAGCUGCUGGCUGCCCUCUCAGGUGCCCACUCCCAGGCCUCCUUCCUGGGCCCCCAGCACCCAGCCAGAGGCAGCAGCAGUGAUUUUGGGCGUGCAGAGCAGCACGUGGCUGUCUGGGAUUGCUCCAAUAGCCAGAGUGUGCUGACACCGAAGCCCCUCCAGUCUCCAGCAGCGGGGGCCUGCGGCUCACAGCCUGGAGCGGGCCCGCCGUUGGGGCAGGCAGAGGGGCCAGGGCCAUUCUCUGUGGGCCUCAGCAUCCAGGACUUCCUGCCCAUGGCCCCGGGGGCUGAGCAGCCUGCGUUCCCCUGCUCAGCCCCCGUCCUGGAGGACGCACUGCAGACCAUUGGCUCAGACCUGCCUCUGGUGGCUCCAUCUGCACCGGUGGGCUUAGGGCCCUCUGGGCCACAGGAGUACGAUUUCAGAACCAUCCUGAGGCCGGCUAUGGCCGCCGCAGCUUCCCCAGGGUCCCUCCAGACAGUAGGAGGUGGCUUGGGCAGUGAGGGGCAGCAGCUGUGGGAGGACACUCACGUGCAGCUGGACAUGUGUGUCCCGGAUGGGCAGGUCCCCAUGCACACCUCCCCCCAGGAGGGGAGCAGCCAGGCCACAGGGCAGCUCCUUGGGCAGGUGUCAGAGGGUGGUGUUCCCACAGGGGGUUACGCUUCUGGAAUGACUCCCUCCCGGCCACAGUGGAAUGUCCACAGACACGUGUCUGAUGCCAGCAUCAGGGUGGGGGAGAACGUAUGGGACGUGGCCCCUUCCCGGCCACGUUGGAAUGUCCACGGACAUGUGUCUGAUGCCAGCAUCCAGGUCGGGGAGAAUGUGUGGGACGUGGCCCCCUCCCGGCCACGUUGGAAUGUCCACGGACACGUGUCUCAGUCCCAUGUAACACUAGGGAUGCUCCCAGGGGAAGCUGAGUCCAAUGUGCCCAGGCCCCACUGGACGCCCCCUGAUCAUAGGUCCCAGUCAGAUCUUAACUUGGGGGCCCAGAGCCCUGCCCAGGAACGUGAGCCCCAGCCGCCCACAGAAACAGCCUCAGGCAGGUCCUGCGUGCACAUGGCCGGCUCCAGCUCUGGCCUGGAGGAGAGUGGCCUCCAGUCCUCGCUGUCUGAGGGGGCUGCGCCCGCUGCCCUGGGAGGUGGCACGCCUGAGGAGCCAGGCCCAGGGAGGAGUGGGGACACUGAAGACCUCUCUCCAAGUUGCCCUCCAGGCUCACAGGAAGGCAUGGCCGCCCAGAGCAGCCCAGACCUUGGCGAGGAGGCAGCCCAGCGCUGGGGCCAGGAGCAGGCCUACUUGGCAGGCCUGGCGGGGCAGUACUGCCUGGAGCGGUACCCGGACAGCUUUGAGGCCAUGUCAGAGCCUCCCGUCGCCCGCCUCCUGCAUCACGGGCUUCCGAGAGCCUUUACCCUCCCCGAGGAAUCCCGGGUCCAGUCGGACACGGAUGAGACCGCGGUGCAGCUGAGCGAGCUGCUGCCCCUGCCUGUGCUCAUGAAGCACUCCAUCACUGCCCCUCUGGCUGCCCAUGUCUCCCUGGUCAACAGAGCGGCCGCUGACUACUUCUUCGGGGAGCUGCGCCUGGGGGCGCACUUCGAGGCGCUGCGGCACUUCCUUCUGAUGGAGGACGGGGAGUUUGCCCAAUCCCUCAGCGACCUGCUCUUUGAGAAGCUCGGGGCGGGGCAGACGCCCGGGGAGCUCCUCAGCCCACUGGCGCUCAACGCGGUGCUGAGCAAGGCCCUGCAGUACAGCCUGCACGGCCACACCCCGCACGCCGCCAACCUCUCCUUUGCCCUCAAGUUCCUGCCUGAGGCCUUUGCCCCCAAUGCCCCGGACGUGCUGAGCUGCCUGGAGCUCAGGUACAAGGUCGACUGGCCCCUCAACAUCGUGGUCACCGAGAGCUGCCUGAGCCGGUACAGUGGCAUCUUCUCCUUCCUGCUGCAGCUGAAGCUCAUGAUGUGGACCCUCAAGGACAUCUGCUGCCACCUCAAGCGCACAGCCCGGGUGAGCCAGGCAGCCGGCUCGGUGCAGUUCCGGCAGCUGCAGCUGUUCAAGCACGAGAUGCAGCACUUCGUGAAGGUCACCCAGGGCUACAUUGCCAACCAGAUCUUGCAUGUCACCUGGCGUGAGUUCCAGGCAAGGCUGGCCUUGGUGGGUGACCUGGAGGAGAUCCAGCGCGCCCACGCUGAGUACCUGCACAAGGCUGUCUUCAGGGGCCUGCUGACAGAGAAGGCGGCACCCGUCAUGAACGUCAUCCACAGCAUCUUCAGCCUGGUCCUGAAGUUCCGCAGUCAGCUCAUCUCCCAGCCCUGGGGCCCAGCCAGCGGCCCCCGGGGCGCCGAGCACCCUAACUUCGCCCUCAUGCAGCAGUCCUACAGCACCUUCAAGUACUACUCCCGCUUCCUCUUCAAAGUGGUGAGCAAGCUGGUGAACCGUGGCUACCAGCCCCACCUGGAGGACUUCCUGCUGCGCAUCAACUUCAACAACUACUACCAGGACACCUGAGGCUGAAUAAAGACCAGAAACACCAGGGAACCUUGACACCCUCAUGAAGCAGGACCAGUGGAUGACCAUGUGGAAACAAGGAGGGCAGUUACCACAUUGUCAGGCAGACCUGCCCCAGGUACAGGCCAUGGUGCCCACGGGCCCGCCUCGCCCUGGGCUGGACCGCAGAAAGGAGGCUCGACUGACCCACCUGCCUAGGCCAGGGUCCAGCUGCCGCCACCCAGCCCCUGCCGGGCACAGUGCCCCCUACAGCCUCAGGCAGGUGCCCACGCAGGGGAGCAGGACGCAGGGCUGCACGCACGUGCCUCAUCCCCGGGGUUGGGCAGCACCACUCUCGGCUUCAAUGACGAAGAGACCCAAGUUCAGAGUGGGGUCCCGGACUGCCCACCCUGGGUGUGAGCUGAGCCCCAGGACUCCCCUGGCAUCAUGACGGGAAGAAACAGUGCGGCUGAAGUGGGCUUGGGAGUGACUGGUGCAGGAUGGGACCCCAUAGCCACCUGCUUGGCAACCACUUCGGUGCUGACCCCUCACCCUGCCCUCUCCUCUCCCUCCACAAGGCCUGGCCUCUUGUACCGCCUACACUCCGACCGACAAGUGGGGGGCCCUGCCUGAGAGUUCUGGGGAUGGACUCCGCCUCGGGCUAGGAAAGUCCCGUGUCUCCCCCGAAUGGAGAGGCUGGGCUGGCCUGGCCAGGUUGUGUGGUUGGGGGCACUGUGUGCACAGGCCUCCCUCGGGAGGGGCCUAGCACCCACCAGCACCCACUCCCACCUGAGCCAAGUUCCCCCCAGGGCUCUCUGUGUGGCACACAGGCCCCAUGGACGCCACUCAGUGACCUAUGAGUGUGUCCCAGGACCCCUGACCCUCAGUGGUGUUUCUGAGAGGCUGGCCCUGGUCCGCACCCACCUCCCGGAAGAAGGCCACAUGCCUCUGCACACGGUCGCCGGCGUGAGCAGCCUGGAUCUCGGGGUAGAAAGUGCCGAUGACGUAGUCCAGCAUCUGCGCUCGGAUGUCGUUCCUGCCUACGCUGGGGCCCGCCCGCCCCGUGCGCUCAUCCGCAGGCUUGAAGAUCUCAAAGGACCCAAACCUGGAGGGAAGAAACGUUUCCUCACUGCUUAAACGUGCUGCCUCCCCCCACGCAAAGGAAGAGGGCCACGUGCAGCCCUGUGGCCAGAGUAGGAUGGAUACCCGAUUAAAACAAACCACAUGACGUGGCCAGUUUCUCAGUGACAGAUACACGGGGCACUUCCUCGGCACCCCACGGCCACCUUGCAAGAAAGGAGGGGCUCCUGUCUGUCCCCUCCACACCACGGGACACGCCGGUCACCAUGUCCUGUGAGAUGACCGGCGGGUUGGCAGGACUCCAGACACUGCCUGUGAGUGGUCAGCAGUGGUCCUCCGCUGGGUAAUCCACCCCCAGGGACGGGCAAGGUUCAGAGGCAUCUGCUUGUCACAACUGGGGACCCAGAACGAGGCUGUUCUCUCAGUGCCAUUCACACAGCUCCUUGUUAGGCACCCGAGUGAACCCCCAGAACCCACCCUGGGCUCCAGGCCCAGGCCUCCCCGCCCCCACGCCCCGGAGGACCCUCCUGCGGUACCUGAGGAAGGUGGGGGCCACGCGCAGCACCACGGCACAUGGCUCGGCACGCGGGUUGCCAUCGUAGAACACAUCCCGCAGGACGGUGGACUGGGAGGUGACACAGGCCCCGGCCCGCGUGGUCGGCACUCCCAGGUGGAACAUGGCCUCGCUACACAGGAACUCCCGGAUGCUGGAGCGCAGCACUUUGCGGCCGUCAGCCUGUCUGGGGUCAAACACAGAGGUCACUGCUGCUCAGCACCCCACCCAGGGAGGGGCCAGGAGAAGGGGAGCACCCAGGCUUGUUAAAAACCACCCAUGAGCAGUUCUAACACCGCUGGAGAGAGCCUGUUUUUUCUAAAAUUGAAGGACAGUCAGUUUACAAUGUUGUGCUAACUGCCAGUGGACAGCAGAGCGAUUCAGUUACACACACACAGACUCCUUUUCAUACUUUCAUUAUAGGUUAUUAUGUGACAUUGAAUAUAGUUCCCUGUGCUCUACAGUGAGGCCUUGUUUAUUUUACAUAUAGUAGUUCCUAUCUGCUAACCCCAAACUCCUGAUUUAUCCCUCCACACCCCUCUUCCCCUGCCCCAUAACCAUAAGUCAGUUUCCCAUGUCUGUGAGUCCAUUCUGUAAAUAAGUUCAUUUGCGUCAUUUUUUUAGAUCCCACAUGAAUGAUACCAUAUGCUAUUUUUCUUUUUCUGGCUUACUUCACUUCGUAUGAAAAUCUCUAGGCCCAUUCAUGUUGGUGCAAAUGGCAUUAUUUUACCAUUUUUUAUGGCUUAGUUAUCCAGCUUCUUUAUCUGUUGAUGGACAUUUAGGUGCUUCCACGCCUUGGCUCUUGUAAACAGUGCUGCUGUGAACACUGGGGCGCAUGUGGUUUUUCGAAUUAGAGUUCCCCCUGGAUAUAAGCCCAGGAGUGGGAUUGCUGGGUCAUAUGGUAAGUCUAUUCCUAGUCUUUUGAGGAAUCUCCAUCCUGUUUUCCACAGUGGCUGCACCAAACUGCAUUCCCACCAGCAGUGCAGGAGGGUUCCCUUUUCUCCACAGCCUCUCCAGCAUUUGUCACUUGUGGACUUUUGAAUGCUGGCCAUUCUGACUGGUAUGAGGUGGUACCUCACUGCAGUUUUGAUUUGCACUGGAGAGUUUUGGACAAUAGCAGACAUUGAGCCCCUAAGUCGUCCAGGUCUGGAGCCACAGCACCGGUGUCUGGCCUGCGGCUGGGGACCAAGUUGGCACCAAGGAUAGGGAGGGCUACACAGGCCUCCCGAGAGGGCCUGGCCCACUCCCAGGGUUACACACACACACACUCAGAAAUCUGCAGUUCUGUUUUUGUGGAUUUACUUUAUGAAAACGCUCUUAAAACAACAGACAGCAUUAUCUGCAGUGGGAGGAGGACCUCAGACUACCUCAGGCAGCUCUGAAUGACUUGAAUUUUUUCUUUUCCUGCUAAACCUCCAUCAUUUUUUUUAAUAGGCUCUAUUUUUCUGAGCAGUUUUAGGUUCACAGCAAAAGUAAUCAGAAGGCAUAGGGAUAUCUCAUAUCCCCCCCACCACACAAACACAGCCCCCCCAACAUCAACACUGCUGCCAGGUGGGACACUUGUUAACAAUCAAUGAACCUACACCCACACGUCAGCAUCACCCAGACUCUGCCGUUUACACCCGGUUCACGCUUGGUGCUGUACCUUCGAUUGGCAAACCCACAGAAGGACACCCGUGCAAUGACAUGUAUCCACCAUGACAGCAUCACACAGAGUAGUCUCACUGCCCCCAGAGCCUCCGUGCUCUGCCCACUCAUCUCCCCCGCAACCCUUGAUCUUUCUACUGUCUCCAUAGUUUUGCCUUUUCCAGAAGGUCACAGUUGGAAUCAUACCGUGUGUGACCUUUUCAGAUUUUCAUCCUUCACUUACUAACAUGCAUCUAAGUUUCCUCCACGUCUUUUCAUGGCUUGAUAGCUCAUUUCUUUUUAAUGCUGAAUAACAUCCCAUUAUCUGCAUGGACAGGAGUUUAUCUAUCUAUUCACCUUAAAGCAUAUCUUAGUGGCUUCCAAGUUUUGGUAAUUAUGAAUAAAGCUGCUGUGAACAUUUGGAUGCAGGUUUCUGAGUGGACAUAUUCUCAGCUCCUCUGGGUAAAUACCGAGGAGCAUGACUGCUAAAUCACAUGGUGAGACCAUGUUUAGUUCUGUAAGAAGCUACCAUACUGUCUUCCAAAGCGGCUGCACCGCUGUGUAUCCCCAGCAGCAGUGGUGAGAGUUCCCGUAGCUCCACAUCCUCGCCAGCGUUUGGUGGUAUCAGUGUUCUGGAUCUUGGCCCUUCUAUUAGGUGUGUAGUGGAGUCUCCUUGUUGUUUUAAUUUGCAUUUUCCUGAUUACAUAUGAUAUAAAACAUCUUUUCCUAUGCUUAUAUGCCAUCCGUGUAUCUUCUUUGGUGAGGCAUCUAACAAGGUCUUUGCCCCAUUUUAAAAUCAGUUUAUUUUCUUAUUGUUGAGUUUUAAGACUUCUUUGUAUAUUUUAGAUACCAGUCCUUUACCAGAUGUGUCUUUUGUAAAGAUUUUCUCCCAGUCUGUGGCUUGUCUCCUCACUCUCCUGACUGUCCUGCACAGAAGUUUUAACUUUAAUAAAGUCCAGCCCAUCUGUUAUUUCUUUCAUGGAUCCUGUCUUUGGUGUUGUGUUUAAAAAGUCAUCUCUGUACCCAAGGUCAUCCAGAUUUUCUAUUUUAUCUUCUAGGAGUUUUAUAGUUUUGCAUUUUGUUUAGGUCUGUGAUCCAUUUUAGGUUCAUUUUUGUGAAAGAUGUAGGGUCUGUGUCUAGAUUCAUUCUUUUUGCAUGUUGAUGUCCAGCUGUUCCAGUACAAUCUGUUGAAAAAUUAUCCCUGCUCCAUUGUAUCACCUUUGCUUCUUUGUCAAAGAUCCACUGACAAAGAUCUAUAUAUUCAUGUGGGUCUAUUUCUGGGCUUUCUGUUCUGUUCCAUUGAUCGUCUGUUCUUUGGCUGCACUGUCUUGUCUACUGUUGUCUUAUAGUAAGUCUUAAAGUUGGGAGGGAUCAGUCCUCAGACUUUGUUCUUCUCCUUCAAUAGUGUGUGGGCUCUUCUGGGUCUUUUGCCUUUUGAUAUGAAUUUUAGAAUUAGUUUGUCAAUACCUACAAAAUAACUUGCUGAGCCUUUGACUGGGAUCGCACUGACUCUAUAAUUGAGUUAGAAAAACUGACAUCUUGACCAUAUUGAUUCUUCCUAUCCAUGAACAUGGAAUAUCCUCUUUACACAGAUGUAGUUCUUCUUUGAUAUCUUUUAUCAGAAUUCUGUAGUUUUUUUUCAUAGAGGUCUUAUAGAUAUUUUGUUAGAUUUAAACCUUAUUAUUUCGUUUUUAGGACUGCUAACAUAAAUAGUAUUGUUUUUAAUUUCAAAGUACACUUGUUAAUUGCUGGGAUAUAGCAAAGUGACUGACUUGUACAGUAACUAUAUCCUGCAACCUUGCUAUAACUGCUUAUGAGCUCAUUUUUUGGCUAGUUCUUUGAGAGUUUCUACACAGAUGUUCAUCUGUAAACAAAGACAGAUUUAACUUCUUCCAUCUCAAUCUGGACACCUUCAGUUUUCUUGUCUUGUUGCAUUAGCUAGGACCUCCAGGGAUGCUGAAAAGCAAUGACAGGGGACAUCUUUGCCUUAUUUCUGAUCUUAGUGGGAGAGCUUUGAAGUUCUCAUGAUUAAGUAGAUGUCAGGUACACGUUUUCCAUUGAUACUCUUUAUCAAUGAGGAAGUUCCUCUCUAUACCCAAUUUACUGGGUUUUCAUCAUGAUUAGGUAUCGGAUGUUUUUUCCAGAUCAACUGAUACGAUCAUGUGAUUUUUCUUCUUUAGCCUGCUAAUCUGAGGGAUUACAGUAAUUGACCUUUGAGUGUUGAACCAGCCUUGCAUCCCUGGAAUACAUCCCAUUUGGUUGUGAUGUAUAAUUCUUUUAAUACAUUGUUGGAUUUGA